UGGUUUUUUAAUUGCAUUUUGACAGCCGAGCUAUUUUGUAUAAAGAAAACACGUGGUUGGCACCUCCGCUGACUUGGUAUACUAAUUGGGGCUCGUUGACAUACGGUCUGAUUCGCAAGCAUCCUUCUCCCCGACUUUCGCAAACACUGAGUGAUGUUCGAUGUCUCCUGACUCCCGAGCUGCGUUGUUGUGGUUUUUUGAGGGAACCCUCGGGGCACCAUCACGAGCCUUCGGCAAUCUCGACUCUCUCUACACGUAACGAGCCUGCGGCACACUCGACUCUCCACACCAUCACCGGUUCUCUUGACUGGGGAAGUCUAGCAACCCCUGACAUCAAGACGUCUUGGUGAGGAAGUUGGAUCUCUAGAGUAGAAAUCUUCGUUCGGUUAGUUGGUCUUUAGUAUGGAUCCGGGUAAUGGACCUAGCGGGUCCAGAUCCAACGAACAAUCUGGCCCAAUUCCAGGUGUGCUUAAAAUCGCUCCAGGAGCAGAAUCAUGGUCCAUGCUAAUCCAGUCUUCACCGCCACGUGCAUCCUCGUCUUCAUUAGCCUCUCCUAAUCAAGAUUCAGAGAUGGAUAUGCGGUCUACUGCAACGAUCAUACCGUCAGCAGAUACAGGGGGCCAACUGCAGGAAGACGAUAAGUUCCGAUCGUGUGUUAGUGAGCAGCAUGACUGCCUAAAAGAUACAGAUGUUCGUAGUGCUGGUUUGAACGAGUCACAAACACGUAGUAUAUCUAGAUUUCCUACGCAGGACGUACCUGAUGUGUGCGAAAUGGGGUGCCGAGAUUUAAUCGAUGGCGAACCCAGCAAUUACCGGCAUCACGGAUGCAUAGAAGGGUUUGAUGCGGAAGAUCUGGAGCCAUUUUCCCUCUGGGAGCUUAUGACUACGCCAGUUGAAGGGUUACUAGAUGAACGUUUUAUUAAACCCUUCUGUUUUGAUGACGGAAUUAAGAAUGAACUAGAGCCGCCUACCAGCGAAUCCACGAACACUAAACGUCCCAAGCAGUCACUUACGAAGCGGAAGAUCGACGACGUUGAGCCGGGAACUCGAUCAACGUCUCCUGUGGACACCAGAGGACCUAAGUCGCCAAGUAGGCCAUCAAACAUCUCAGACAAGUCGGGGCGAUACGUAAUCCACACGAAUUCUGAUGUUGAUAUUAUAGAUGAUGGUUAUAGAUGGCGCAAGUAUGGUCAAAAGCCGGUGAAGAAUAGUCAUCAUCCCAGGAAUUACUAUAAGUGCACCACGCCAAAUUGUCUUGUAAAGAAGCAAGUGGAGCGCUGCACUGAGAAUCCAAGCAACGUCAUGACAACCUACUAUGGCACACACAAUCAUCCUCAGAUUAAUUCAGCAGGUCAGCUUGAAUGUGAGCCAACUCCCCAUAGCAACAUCAGCCUCGUACCUGGAGAAUAUGGGCCAAGGGUACCCCACAAUUACUGUGUUCUGCCAGAUCACGCGCUGAGGAGACGGCGGCUGAACCACCCACAGCAAGGUGGACCAUUUCCUCAGAGACCAAACAUCGAUCUUAGGGGGCUCCAAUUUUCCCCAUUGAGCCCUCAAUAUUUUCUUUCCGAGGUGUUUCGCUCCAUGAGCGGCAAUUUGUAUCCUCGGCCUCGUCCUCCUCUGGCUGACUCCAGGUUGGAUCCUGGAAUAUUACUGGCUUUAGCUCAGAUUUACAGCAUGUGGCCAAGGGGACAAGUUCCAGGUUCGGCAGCGGCAUACGAUCUGCAGUCGAAUAGCCAGUUGCCAGGGCCGAGUUCGCCUUUGAAUGCAGGUCGGUUGCUAAGCAUACAGCAACGGAUUCUGUGGCUGCAAAACCUAAUGGGAGAGGAUUACUUGACCAACCGCAUGGCUAGUCAGCAAUCAUCUGGAAGUGAAGAGAAUCCAGAAGGCCCUCUGAAUUCUGAACACGAUUUGGGGAAUCCUUCAAGUUCAAUCUAACGCGCUUCAGCACUCAAAUUGUAAAUAAAUGCCAUUCUGUGACAAAUAUUUACUGGUAAAUAAUUGUUUUGCGAUUCUACAGCACUGCUGAUGGAGCUGGAGGUAGCUUAGCUGCAGGGUAUAGUAAUCCCCAUGAGACGACUGUUUUGUUGAAUAUGUGCUCUCAGCUUCUUCGACUACUUUCAUCUAGUUCAUUACAGACUCACCCGAGGAACCAGAUCUGUGACGUGGCGAUUUAUGAGUGGUCACAAUAUUGUAUAUAUUUCAGCACCGUUGUGCAAUAAGAUAUUCAUUCUCAGUUAACGAGUUCA